AUCAGGGUCAUUCUACGUAUGUACCCCCUUCGGCCCCUUUACUUACAUAGUACACCGUUUUUAUCUUUACUUCAUCCCUUUUUAUAUUUACUCUCUUCGCUCUCUUUUUUAGCUUUCUUUACUAGUAAUUCUCCGAUCACACUAAGACUACAUACGAGUCAAUUAUAAAUUUUGGCAAAAACACAAAAAUGACAUCAAGAUACAGGGUCGAGUAUGCGUUGAAGACUCACAGGCGAGACCAGUUUAUAGGUAUUUAUCCAGCACCACGAUCCUUCGCCGAUCCUUCACUGUUUUACCGUCGUCGUUGGAAAACAGGCUUCCGGAUACCGGAUAUCCCCAGGGCCCUGCAAUGGAUCAAAGGGUUAUUGGCCGUCCCCUUUGUAUUAUACUCACAGCCCACAGGCGUUUUUGAAACCAAUGGAUUCAACGUGACUCAGAUGUCCGAAGAGGCGCACAGGCGUUAUGCCGAAAUCAUGAGGGACGUCGAGGUGAUGAUCGACGAUCACAUAACGCACCAAUUAGAAUCGAGCAGGGUCCCCUCUAAGCUCAAGCUCCUCGUCCCGACCAUAGGCAACUUCUUCACCCGGCUGCCCCUCGAGGCCGCCUUCAAGUUCCAGGACCGCAAGCGCUACAUCUCCUCCCGCCGCUUCGUCUCCCCUUCCUUCAACGACGUGCGCCUGAUCCUCAACACCGCCCAGCUCAUGGCCGUCACUACCCACGGCACCCUCCAGCUCGCCACGUUCGACGGAGACGUCACGCUGUACGACGACGGCGAGAGCCUGGAACCCACCAGCCCCGUCAUCUCGCGCAUGAUCGACCUCAUGCGCAAGAACGUCAAGAUCGGCAUCGUCACGGCCGCCGGGUACACCCUGGCCGAGCAGUACUACGCCCGCCUCCACGGGCUGCUCGACGCGAUCGCGAGCUCCACGGCGCUGACGCCGCAGCAGCGCCAGAACAUCGUCAUCAUGGGCGGCGAGGCCAACUACCUGUUCGAGUUCAGCCCGACGUCGCCGCACCUGCUGUCCCCGGUGCCGCGGGAGCGGUGGCUGACGGCGGAGAUGGCCUCGUGGUCGGACGCGGCGAUCACGGCGCUGCUGGACGUCGCGGAGGCCGCCCUGCGCGACUGCAUCAAGAACCUGAACCUGCCGGCGACGCUGAUGCGCAAGGACCGCGCCGUCGGCAUCAUCCCGAGCCCGGCGACGGUGCGCAUCCCGCGCGAGUCCCUCGAGGAGACGGUGCUCGUCGUCCAGAAGAUCCUCGAGCUGAGCGUCGUCGGCGGCCGCGACUUCGACAACAACAACAAGCAGCUCGUGCCCUUCUGCGCCUUCAACGGCGGCCGCGACGUCUUCGUCGACAUCGGCGACAAGAGCUGGGGCGUCUCCGUCUGCCAGCAGUGGUUCGGCGGCAGCGACGCCCAGUCCCGCAUCCGCCCCGAGCAGACCCUCCACGUCGGCGACCAGUUCCUCAGCGCCGGGAGCAACGACUUCAAGGCCCGCAGCGUCUCCACCACCGCCUGGAUCGCGAGUCCCGCCGAGACCGUCGAGCUGCUCGACGAGCUGGCCGGGUUCAUGAGCAAGAAGUUAAGCUGA